UGACAGCCCCAAGCCUGUAUCUACUGAGCCAUCCAUCACCCCAGGCCCCAUGAGAAGAUACUUUCCCAGUGUCUGCCUUCUCUGCCUGUACAACGUGCGGUACACCUUGGCUUGUGGUGUACAGCUGAUUUUUACCUGGGGCUUCUUUCUGAGCUGUGCACCUCAGUAACCCUUCUGGAAGAUGGCCUGGCCUCCUUACCCCAGUCUGUGGUCUUCAGGGACCGCGGGGACAUUCUGUUCGGCGCCGCGGCCAGGCCAGAGCCUCGGGUGGAGAAGAGAGGGCACUGUGCAGAAGCCAUCGCCCCCUGCAGAGCCGCCAGCGUGUCGGGAUGAAAGGAGCCACGACCCCAGACGCGGGCUUGGCCGCGCUGCUCACCCUCCCGGGCCUGCUCUUCAUCGCCACCCUGCUGCUCCUGGCCCUGCACCUCCUCACCCAGCGCACCAGUCUUUUACACGCAUGCUGCUUCAGAGCGCAAGGUCUUUAACUUCAGGCUCACAUGAUUCUACAUGGGCUCCAACUUCUCACCGUCCGUCACAUGGCACUUGUAGGAGGCCUGGUGAACCUCCCUUGAUAAAAGGUUGGCUUCCUUAUCUUGGCAUUACCCUGAAGAUCAAAAAAAACCCAGUAGCUUUCAUGAAAACUCUUCGAAGGAAAUAUGGUGAUACUUUCACUGUGCUGCUUUCAGGGAAGUACAUUACGUUUGUUCUGAACCCUUUCCAGUACCAUCUCCUAAUGAGAAACUCCAAACAAUUAAGUUUCGGGACGUUCAGCAGAAAGUUAUCAGCAAAAGCCUUCUCCAUCAAGAAGCUGCCAGCUGAUGAUGACCUUAAUGACGACAUUCACAGAGCUUACCUGCUUUUACAAGGCAAAGCUUUGGACAGUCUCCUAGGAAGCAUGAUCCAAGAACUAAAAGAAAUACUUGAGCCCCAACUACUAAAAGGCAUAGAUUGGAAAACGACAGGACUGUUCUCAUUCUGUAGCUCACUGGUAUUUGAGGCCACGUUUACAACUGUAUAUGGAAAAGUUCUUGCUGGUGACAGGGAAAAAAUUAUCAGUGAACUAAGAGAUGAUUUUUUAAAAUUUGAUGAUAUGUUCCCAUACUUAAUAUCUGAUAUACCCAUUCAGCUUUUAAGAAAUGUGAAAUCUAUGCAGAAGAAACUUAUAAAAUGCCUCUCAUCAGAAAAACUAGCUCAGAUGCAUGGAUGGUCAGAAAUUGUUCGGGAAAGGCAAGAUAUACUGGAGAAACACUAUAGGCGUGAAGACUUUGAAAUAGGAGCACAUCAUCUUGGCUUUCUCUGGGCCUCUCUGGCAAACACCAUUCCAACUAUGUUCUGGGCAAUGUAUUACCUUCUUCGGCACCCAGAAAACAUGGAAGCACUGCGUGACGAAAUUGACAGCUUCCUGCAGUCAACAGGUCAAAAGAAAGGGCCUGGACUUUCCAUCCACUUCACCAGAGAACAAUUGGACAGCUUGGUCUGCCUGGAAAGCACCAUCCUCGAGGUCCUGCGGCUCUGCUCCUACUCCACCAUCUUUCGUGAAGUGCAGGAGGAUAUGAAUUUCAACUCAGAGACGAGCAGUUACUGUCUGCGGAAGGGAGACUUUGUAGCCAUCUUUCCCCCAAUCCUACACACUGACCCAGAAGUCUUUGAAGCUCCAGAGGAAUUUAGGUUUAAUCGAUUCGUAGAAGAUGGCAAGAAGAAAACAACCUUUCUCAAAGACGGGAAAAAGCUGAAGUACUCCAUUCUGCCAUUCGGAUUCGGAGCCAGCAAAUGUCCAGGCCGAUAUUUUGCAGUUAAUGAAAUAAAGCUACUAUUGGUUAUGAUUUUAACUUAUUUUGAUUUAGAAAUAAUUGACAAGAAGCCUCUAAGACUCAAGUACAACCGUUUGUUGAUCGGUAUUCAGCAUCCCAAUUCUGAUGUCGCAUUUAGGUACAAGGCAAAAUCUUGCCAAAGCUGAAAGCAGUUUAUCGGAGUGGAGCUACAUGUGCUGAGCUCUGUGGUUUGUUGUAGUCCUGCAAAUGCGACGACUAUGCUUGUCUGUUUGAGAAUGGCAAAUUUAUAUUUGAUCCAAGAUCAAUUCAGUUUGUUCUUGGUGACAAAACCUAUCAUGAAAUACAGCAGGGCAGUGGCGUAAAAGAAUGUCAUGGCGAUCAUUUCAGGAUAAGUUCAAAAUAACAAUUUCAACUUUGUACUUACUGCAGCUUUUUUUUAAUCAUUUGUUGUGAAUGUGCUUUUCCAGUAAUAAAUUUGGCCCUGGAUGAUGUUUUAUAAGUUACUGAAAUCCUCUAAUAUGAUUUUAUGUUCUAUAUGGAAAAGUGUGCCAUCGGACAGUCUAACAAUUUUCAAAUUCUCAGAGGAGAAGGAAAUUAAAUCCCACAAGUUACACUGUAUGAAAAUGUUCCCUUCAAAUAGAGUAUCAAAAAUGUCCUAUCACCAGGAUACCUUUGCAUUAAAUGAGUUUUGCAAUAGA